CACGUCAUUGUUGAAACAAAAUUAAAAUAUAAAAUCGUCUAAAGUGCGUAUGCUGAAUCAAAUAGAGCGAGCGCCUCGCGUUUUACCCCCUACUGAUCGUAACGAAGCAUCACAAACGGCAGCCUUAGUUGAACCGGGAUCUUGUACCGCUUUGCUGCAAUACUACUAGCAGUUCCUCCCUCUACCUCGUAGUACUGGAACCAAGUGCAUUUACUGCGAGCAUUGUCAUGCUCUCCAGCGCACAACAUAGGUGAUGUUUGAGUUGUUCGGUAUGUUGUCGUGGUGCUAUUCGACCAUUUGCAGUAACGGCUUGUGAAGAAGGAACCGCGUCUAGACGUCACACUAGUAUUUCAGAAGACUGCAAUGCCUCCCAAGAGAGAACGAGGGUCAGGAGAGGCCUCAUCCGAGCCCCCACUAAGGAUGAUCAAGAUCGGCGAAGAGGGACAGGAUGUGGCCAUAGACAUCACGGAGGACAAGUUCAGGCUGGGAGAAGAGCAAUACCGAUACCAGUCUCAUUUCUCCAACGAUGAACAUUCUAUUGAGUAUGAUGACGAGCGCGAGUCAAGUCCGGGCAUCAGAACGGACACUGUCAGUUUGCUCAUGAAGAUAGACCAACUCCAGGCGCAGCUCAAGUAUGAACGAAGAUGUCGACUUCUGGCUGAGAGGGAGCUCCGGGAGCUGAAAGAGAUGAACACGUUGAUGUUGCAGAUGAGACACACAGCCCACGAACUUCGAGUCACUUUGGGUAACGUCCUCCAAGGAGAAGACCAUUCAGUGACCCCGCCCAGCUCCCAAGAUGAUGUCAGCUCUUACAUGGCAGAGCCGGAAACCGAAAUCCGAACAAUUCAUCACCUCACGGGAGAGGACCAAACCUUCAUUUAUCUCGCUGAAAACCUUCGAGUACCAAAAAGCCUUUAUGAACGCAUCGCAGAAAUCUCCGACUACAAGAAGUACACGUCUGCGCUGCUGAUGCUGCUGUUUGACCGAGAGACCUUGGCCACGCACUCGCUCCAGGGCCGGAGGACCGCGAGCAAUGGAGAUGAAGGACACAAGCCCCAACUCCCGCCAGAGAUUUUAACAAGCAUAAUUGAUUUCCGAGACGUUUCGACGGCACGAAAAAGGGACAGAGAUGCAGCUUCCUCUACCUCGGAUCCCCCGUUGAAGAUGAUACGGAUCGGAGACGACGGACUGGAGGUCGGUGUCGAGAAGUUCCGGACGGGCGAGGGUCACGGAUUCCCCUCGCCUUUUCACAACAUUGAGUCUGAUACCAACGAGUACAACGAAGAACGAGCAGCAAGUCCAGUGAGGACGGACACCAUCAGUCUUCUCAUGAAAAUAAACCAACUGCAGGCACAGCUGAAAUAUGAACGUCGAUGUAGACUUCUGGCCGAGAGAGAGCUGAGUGAACUGAAGGAGAAAAACAACCUGGUGAUGGAGAUGAGACACACAGCUCAUGAGCUACGCGUUGUUCUGGACCAUGUUCUCCAAGGUGGACAGCAGUGUCUGGAACCACAGAGCUCUCAAGAAGAUGGCGGCUCUUUCAUGACAGACGCUGACGUUGGGAUGAGGACGAUACACCAAAUUCCAGAGCAGGACGAUGACAUCGUGUACCUGGCUGAGAAUCUCCGGGUACCCAAGAGCCUUUACGACCGCAUCGCAGAAAUGUCCGACUAUAAGAAGUACACGUCUGCGCUGCUGAUGCUGCUGUUCGACAGAGAGACCCUGGCCACGCACUCGCUCCAGGGCCGACGGUCGUCUCACGCCGGAGACGACGGACACAAGCCGCAACUUCCACCUGAGAUCCUGACCAGUCUAAUAGAGCAUGUGGCCCUCAGGUUCGGCGUCGAUUGCAGCCAAAUCAAAACAGCUAUCCGGACUAAGUUAAACAACGAGGACAAGCUGCUGAAGAAGAGACUGGGUCUGGAUCGGGCCGAAAACAAACAUUCAGCAGAACACAAUGUGUUUCAAAAUUCUGUGAUGUAACCUGUUUUCCUCAUAUUUCAACUCAAUUCACAUCGAUGGUGUUUUGCUGUUUCUUUCUACUAAUUUACAAAGGAAGUGCUUCACCUCUAUUUUGUAUUCUGGUGGUUUUUUGUAAUUUAGCAAGGUCAGUUUUUAUUCUGAUAGGUACUAAUAUGUAAUAGAACGUUUGCCUUGCGAUCAUUUUUUU